GACCUGCCUGCUGCUGUCCGCGGGUUUCUCACGGCGGCGCUCAGUGACAUUGAGCGCACCCGCGUUCCCGCCGACCCCGAGGCGCCGUCUCGGCCGACGAAGUAGGCGGCCAUGGGGAGCCUCCGCCUGGUGGCGGGAGGUUGUUUUAGGUUAUGUGAAAGAGGUGCCUCCUCACCACUGAGGCAUACCAGAAACUCUUAUUUAAAGAGAAUAAAUGGAUUUUGUACCAAACCACAGGAAAGUCCAAAAGCUCCAUCCCCCACUUACACCCACAGAGUGCCACUACACAAACCCACGGAUUGGGAGAGGAAGAUUCUGAUAUGGGCAGGUCGCUUCAAAAAGGAAGAUGAGAUACCAGAGACAAUCUCAUUUGAGAUGCUUGACGCUGCAAAGAAUAAGGUCCGGGUAAAGAUCAGCUACAUAAUGAUCGCCUUGACAGUAGCGGGGUGCGUCCUGAUGGUUAUUGAGGGAAAGAAGGCUGCCAAAAGACACGAGUCCUUAACAAGCCUGAACUUAGAAAAGAAAGCUCGUCUGAGAGAGGAAGCAGCCAUGAAGGCCAAAACAGAGUAAAGGAAGUAUCUGUGUUGGCUGGAUCCUGAAAUCCAGGGUAAUGCUGCAGCAAGAAUAUGGUGUGAGGAUCCACUCCCUGAAAGUAUGGUUUGCACAAGUUUAUACCACUGCCCUAUUUUUGCUCUGGAGGUACAAAUAAAUUUUCUGAAAGAAAUGACUUGUCUGUACUUUAUAGCUUUGAUCCAAGCUGCAGCCUCUCAGCUUUUUGGGGAAAAUGAAAUAAUUAAAAACGAGAUAGUUUAUUUUAAUAUUAACUCCUUUUUGCCGUAUCUCACUUUAAAUCCUGCCAAAACAACUUUCCCUAGAUGCCAAAGUGACCUCUAGUUCUGUAUUUCCUUCAUGUCAUACCUGGAGAAAGUGCAGUGGUGCUUCUCAGCAUCCGGGGUUGGGAGGACAGCAGACAAGCUUUUAGAACAGUGUUAGAAGUCUUGGUAGGAUGGGUGUGGUCUGGACAUACGUUUCUGAGGACCUUGAAAUCCCAGCAUUGCUUGCUUACACUUGGUAUGUAUCUUAUUUACACCUCGGGGUGCCACUUGUCUGUGUGGAUGCAGGUUUUUAAACAGCUAUUCUCUGUGCUUUAUGAGUAUUUGUGGAUGAUUAGUCCUCUCCAGAGGUUGAGAGUAAUAUAUUCGGUGGCUUGGGAACUCAGUUUAAUAAAAUGGUGAGAUGGGGCUCUCUCCUUGGUGCCCCAACGGGUUAAAGAACAGAACUAUGAAGCUAUCUGAAGCCACUGCAACACAAGUUUGAUUCCCGCCAAGGUGAC